AUGAUUCUGUCGAGAUCUGUUCGAAGCUCCUUCGGGCGGCCUACAUCUGCCCUGACGAGGUUUUCGAGACGACAGCAGCUCUAUACUUGGAAGGCUACUUCUCCGACAGCCAGACUCGCCGCAGCCCCGGCAGGAAAGAGGUGGACGUCUACUGAAGCUGGCGACAAUGAAUCAGGCCACAUUCUGACCCAGAAAAAUGAAGGAAUCUUCUUUUUCGAUAAUGUCUUCCCGUUGAAGCUGCAAUGGCUCAAUCGGAUCCCCUACCUGAAUCCUGACAAGUUCCUGGCAACCUCCCUCAGCAAAGUGAAUCAGCCCAAUCUUGCUCUGGCUGAUCCGUCUAGCAUCAUAAAGCGAGCCCUGCCUGAAAAUCUCCCCCUCCAUGUCACAAAGAUCUUACCGAGACUACGCGAAGGCGGAGCUUUUGUCAAGUUCUCUCAUGAAGAUGGAAUCACUGCGGGGGAGUUGGAAAGCACAUUGAAACAGUAUCUCGAUGAAAAGCCCAUUACACCAUGGUUCAACCCUUUUCGGAGGGUUCGCGCCUUCUUGGUGCAGGGAAAGCCGUGGAUUGAAGAUCUAUAUCGCGUCCCUACUCCGCGGAUCAAGGUCGAAUUCUUGCCUACGGCCCCUGAGAAUUCUGCGGCCGAACUGACCCAAGAGACGCUUUAUUCCUUGUUCCGCAGGUAUGGAAAGCUCACAGAGAUCGUAUCGCAACCGUCCGACUCGAAAGUUGUGCCGAAAUAUGCUUAUGUCGAUUACACGCGGGUGAGAUUCGCAACUAUGGCCAAGAAUUGUAUGCAUGGCUACGUCGUCCCGGCCGAAGAUGGCGGAGGAAAGACCGGGACGCUGCUCAAGCUGAGCUACGAGUCCAAACGGAAAACUCACUGGAUAUGGGACUGGAUAACGAACCAUCCCAGGAUUGUUAUCCCUUUGUUGGUCGCUUUACUGACAGCAGCGUCCGUUGCGGUGUUCGACCCUAUCAGAACGUUCUUCAUCAGGAUGCACGUCACCCAUGGUCUUCACCUGGAAGAUCGUCGAAUCUUCAAGUGGGUAAGAAGCCAGCUUCUGCGAGGUUACGACAUCAUCAGAUUCCGAAAAGAGAAGCGUGAAGAUGACAACCUGAAAAUCGUGUGGGAAGAUCGCCAAGAUGCCAUCAACCAGUUGAAGACGUGGUUGAUUGAGACUGCCGACACCUUUAUAGUGGUUCAAGGGCCACGUGGGGCCGGGAAGAAGGAGUUGGUCGUAGAUCAAGCAUUGAAAGAUCGCCCACACAAAUUGGUGAUUGAUUGCAAGAAAAUCCAGGAAGCCCGCGGAGACAGUAAUACCAUUGCCGCGGCUGCGGCUGAAGUAGGCUACCGCCCAGUCUUUUCGUGGAUGAACAGCAUUAGCAGCAUGGUUGAUCUUGCGGCAACAGCCACUAUUGGCACAAAAGCAGGAUUCUCCGAGACAUUGGACAAUCAACUCGCUAAGAUUUGGGGCAACACGACGACUGCAUUGAAGCAGAUUGCGCUGGCGCCGCGCAAAAAGGAUGACAAAGACGCCCAACUGGCGGACGACGAGUGGCUGGAAGCUCAUCCAGAGUGCCGACCCGUGGUGGUGAUUGACAACUUCUUGCACAAAAACAACGAGGGUUCGGCGAGUAUGGUCUAUGACAAACUGGGAGAAUGGGCUGCCGUCUUGACGACGCAGAACAUUGCUCAUGUCAUUUUUCUGACCACCGACGUGUCCUUCUCCAAGUCGCUCAGUAAAGCACUACCCGACAGGGUUUUCCGGCAAAUCACGUUGAGUGAUUGCACACCUGAAGUAGCAAAGAAGCUCGUCAUCAAACACCUGGACGCGGACAUCGAAGAUGCUGCAUUGGGGGAGGGGAAGCUCAGUCCGUCACAAUUGAGAAGUGAUCUCGAUGAGCUGGACGGAGUGAUCCAAGUGCUCGGAGGUCGACUGACCGAUCUAGAGUUCCUUGCAAGAAGGAUCAAGACAGGCGAAUCGCCAGGAAAAGCAGUUCGCCAAAUCAUUGAGCAAUCCGCCUCGGAAAUCCUGAAAAUGUAUCUUCUCGACGUCGACACUUCGAGCCGCAAAUGGACACCUCAGCAAGCGUGGCUGUUGAUCAAAGAGCUUGCGGCCAACGAGACUCUCAGAUACAAUGAGCUGCUGCUAAAUGAUCUUUUCAAGGAUGGCGAAACGGUGUUGCAAGCUCUCGAACAGGCAGAAUUGAUUACAAUCACGUCCAAGAAUGGGCGGCCGUAUAGCAUCAAGCCAGGCAAACCUGUCUACCAAUCAGCAUUCGAAUACCUGACCGAAGACGACGUCCUCAGGGCGAGACUGGAUUUGGCGAUUAUGUCCCAAUUGAUCAGUUUGGAAAACAAGAACGUGGAGAAGUACGAAUCGGAGUUGAAGACGCUGGCCGAGAUGCCUGGGACGCCGAACGAGUUGCGGCCCCGGAUCAAAUGGUGUCUGGGCAAAGCGAUGGCCAGCCAGGAGAAGAUCAUGAAGUACGAGGCACAAAGCGGAAAGUUGAAGAAGGUGCUCUCCGAACAGUUUUAA